UUAUGACUUCAUAAUUCCCAAAGAGAGUGAGAAUGAGCCGGUUUCUGAACGUGCUGCGGAGUUGGCUGGUGAUGGUGUCAGUCAUCGCCAUGGGGAACACGGUACAGAGCUUCCGGGAUCACAGCUUCCUCUCAGAGAAACUGUACACUGGAACCCCAGAGUUCGUAAACGGCCUCCAGGCGCGAACCUUCGGAAUCUGGACCUUGCUGUCGUCCAUCAUUCGCUGCGCCUGUGCCAUCGAUAUACAGAACAAAACGCUCUAUCAUAUCACGUUGUGGACAUUUGUUCUGGCACUGGGACACUUCCUCUCCGAGGCCUUCGUUUACAAAACGGCACCGCUGACAAUUGGUGUUAUGGCACCUCUCAUUGUAGCAAGUGUCUCCAUCUUGGGCAUGCUGAUUGGGUUCCAGUGCAUCGCUGAACCGCAGGAAGUCAUGGGAGCACGGCAGAAGAAACGGAACUGACAGCUUCCUGUCCCGCGUCGCACCACGUUUGCCCCCCACCUUUCAGCCCCCAGAGCCUCAAGUGCAGACAUUUUUACGGAAUUUUUAAGAACCACUGCUGACUCUUCUGAGCCGGGGGGGGGGGGGAUCAGAACCUUGGCUUCUUUUUUACAGUCUGAAUGUUUAAUACUUUGAUCUUGCACUGUUACUCAAUGUUGCCAACCAGGCAUGCUCUGACACUUCCCUCCGUUUAGCGAUUCAGAAUACUGACCAGUGGACUCUCUUCCCCGACCGUGGAUAUGUAUGUCUGUUUUUUGUUGGUUUUUAUUUUUGGUUUUUUGUUAACAAGUAGGCCGGGUAGGGACAUGUUUUUCGAGGCACGCAAACACGAAUGCGUGUUCAGAUAGAGCCAUCGGCAAACCACUGCCACGUGGAUGCCGAGUAUGCUCAGGACUGUUUGAUUGACGGAGGUUACCACUGAUCUGCUGUCUAUCAGUGCCCCGACACAAACCUGGCUCAAGGAAUGGUCGGGCAUGGUUAGAGGUGGUUGGACCAUGAAAGUGCAUGUCCCCAGUGUCAAAUGUCCGUAGUACCGUCAUGCCCUGAUCUUGAGUGUCAGUUUUCUCGACCGUGCCAGGACCAAACCACACGCAAGGUGUCAAGUCGUGCUGAUUUGAUGAA